AUGAGCAACCCGGCCGCGCCGCCCCCAGUCAACCACAGCCGCAGCAGCAGCAGCCCCGCGACUGCCGUUGACGUGCCAGCGAAGACACCGCCCACGCCCACGCCCAAUCCAUCCGCAGCAGCGUCGGCAUCCUCGCCCAAGCCCCUGCGGACCGCGCCCCCUCACCUCCCUGCCCACCUCGAAAGCACCACCAAGCUCGCGCGCAAUGUCUCCCCGGGCCUGCUCGCGCGCAUGAAGUUCCUCAACCAGCCCGCCGACUCGCUGCCCACCAAGACGUCCGUCGACGUCGGCCGCAUCGAGCAGGAGCGCCUGCGCCACCUCGACGAGUUCCGCAGAGCCCGCAACCUCGACAUCGAGCGCCGCGGCACCGUCUGGGGCGCCCGCUUUGGCUCUUCCGCCUCGGUCCCCCACACGCCUCUCGUGCCCCAGUCGACGGGCGAGAGCGUCCCGGCCCUCGUCAUGGAGCCCGACUUUGAGAGCGACCGCAGCAGCGUCGUCAGCACCAGCGACAAGGUGCUGCCCUCCGAGUCCGAGGCCGACGUCGAGCUCGACAUGCAAAAGUAUCGUCUGCCCGACGUCACCAAGCCCGAAAAGGCCCUCGCCAACGCGCUGCCCACGGCCGUGGCAGAGGACGCUUCCUCUCCCCAGUCACCACAACCACCGCAACCUCUCCCUUUUACACUAACCACGCAAACCCCCGCCCCGCCCACCACCACUACCACCACCACCACCACCGCCUUCCAUCGCGCCCCCAACGCCGCGCCCCCCACGCCGCCCCCCAAAGACACACCGCCCCUACCGCCCACCGCCGCCGAGCAGGAGGAGCCAUCCGUGCUCGACGACGACAAUGGCAUCGACAUCGAGUCGUACUUCCAGCGCCGCCACUACCAGCGCGCUGGCUCCAUCUACACCCUCUCCAAGGCCAGCCUCACCAACCAGAUCCAGCAGUUGACGUCGAUGCAGCUGCCCCCCUCGACCAUCGCCUCGGAGAUCAAGGCCCUGGCCACGGCGCCCCUGGCCGGCCGCGCUCUGCACAAGGCAGCCAACGACAUCCGCCUGUGGAUCGGCAAGAGCAAGGAGGUCCUCGUCGGCCUGGAUGCCGACGACGACGUCGAGUGGGCUGCAGCCGCCGGCCGAGAGGGCCUGGCCGAGGUGGAUGCCGCCAUUGGCAGGUUCGAGAAGCUUGUCAACCUCUACAUCGGCGCCAUCGAGGACCUGCAGUCGCGCCCAGACAUUGCUGCCCUGCCCACCAAAGACCAGAUGACGCUCGUCAGCCAGAUGGAAGACAUUGUCAUGAACUGGGGCGAGAUCAAGCAGACGCUCAAGAGCAUCAAGAACCAGGUCGAAGUUGCCAUGGAGUGGGAAGAGCUAUGGAACAACGUCUUGGGCGAAAUCGGCGCAGAAGUCGAAAACCUCAGCCGCCUCGUCUUUGAGAUGGAGGAGCGCAGGCACCGCGUCAUCUCCGACUCGGUUGCAGAGGCGCCCGAGAAGUUUGACAUCAAAGAGCUCGAGAACAUUGUCGAGGACCUGCCGCGACAGCAGGCUAUCCUCAACAGCAAGCGGUUUAGUAUGCCCACGCUGACUGUCGUGUCCCCUGUCUCGCCCAUUCCUCAAAUCGAACAGGAAAACUCUCGCCUGCUCGCCCUGUUCGCAAAGCUACAGCCCCUGCGCGCAUCCCUCGACUUCCUGCCCAUGCGACUCAACGCCUUCCAAAUGCGUGCCAACACGAUUUUCCCCUCUGCUUGCGACGAGUUGCAACGCAGGCGAGAACAGCUCGAGGCCCAGGAGAAGAAGUUGGAAUCCGAGGCCGACGCGCUGCGAGAGGAGCUGGGCGAAGACAAGUGGGUGCACAGCUUCCGCCAGGCUGGCAGCAAGGCGGUUGCCAUGUACGACUCAUGCAUGAAGAGCAUACAGCGACUGCAGCAAGCCAUCGACGAUAAUGACGAGGAGAAGCUGGCUACACGCAUUGCCACGUACAAGGACAAGAGAGACCACUACCCACCGUCCAUGAGACGCGUGCUGGAGCUGAUUGACAUUGAGAUGAAGCACAGAUCGACCGUCAACGGCGAAAUCCUGCGCAUCCAGUCAGAUGUGCGCACCAAGGUCGAGGACCUCGAAACCGUCACCGGAAACAUGGACGCCAUCCUGGACGAUUUCACUGCCACGCGCAAGCUUCGCGACUCCGUGUCGACCGUGGUUUCUGCUCGCACCGAAUCCUCGUCUUUCCCCCACUCCAACUUGGAGACGCCGGCCAGCUCUCCUGCUUCCAGCAUCAUCAUGAGCCGCAAGAGCAGCACCAACAGCGCCGCCCUGACCCCGAUGAGCAAAAAGUCUCUUCAAUCCGCCGCCACAACAUCAAAAUCCGCUGUGCCUGCCAGUCGACGCUACUCGGCCAUGCCUCAAAGCGUGGCCAAUAUCCCUCGCAAGUCGCUGCCCUCGUCGCGUCUGGACUUUUCGUCGUCUCGCGCCACGUCUGGCACAUUAGCCAGCCAAGCGCGUUCAAAGACUCCCACUGACAAACCCGCACCCAAGCCUCGCUGGAACUCGGACACGCACUUGCGCGACACAAUUAUUGGGCACAACUUUAAGCCCUUGAGUCUCAGCACGCCGUCACCAUUUCGAAAGGAGGCGCCCGAUGUGUCUCGCCGAAGCUCGGGGUCAGGUCGCUCGGCCAUUCCCGUAAAAAGUCCCCUGAGCCGCUCUUCGGCUCUGACGCCCGCUGCACCUACCCGUUCCACGUCCACCAGUCCGGCCCAGCAGCGCCCAGCGCGAUCUCAGGCGGCUGCCGUGUCAUCCCCGGCUACGCCGGCAAGCAGCAAACUACCAACCCGCUCAACACCCGCAUCACCCCAAACCAAAUCUACUACUCCAGGGUCAAGCCGCCGCUCAACCACUGCAGGACAAGACACUGCUAGCCCUGGUGGCGAGGGCAGUCCUGCAACCCUUCGCGCGUCUCAGUCUCCUAGUGCUUCAACCACCCGCCGCAGCAGCCUUCUUCCUACACCAAAACGACCUGCAUCUGCUAUGAAACACACCGAGUCAAGUCCUGCUUUUGUCUCAGCCCGUGCUACUAGCAGGAUCGGCAACAUAGGUGAAGGGCGAGCCGGCAGGGUCGGCGAAACACGCGCACAUAGCCGUGUUAGCGGACGCCAGUCAAGCCUAGGAGACAGCAAGCCCGUCUGGAGAUAGGCUCUCGCAAAGCGGUCAUUUUCUCUCCAAGUGCCCGUCUUCGACUAAACGACACCUUUUUUUCGCGUGGAUGACGACAUUUCACGCCCGUCAAUGUCACCACAACACCCCUUAUUCCCCGUCACUUCGUUUCUCCUUAGGAUCCCGGCUUGAUUCG